AUGCGCUGGCGAAGUUCUCUAAAGGAAUUGGAAGCAUGGGACACUAAGAAAGAUGAAAGCUUGAAACAUUUUACUGACCACGAUUUCACGAGAAACAGAAUGGGGAACGUGGACGUCUGUUUGAAACGGGGUUACAUUACCGUGGCCAGUGUGAUCGGGAUCGUCAGUGCCCUACUGUUGGCAAUCACUGUGUUUAGCCAUGGAUACGUCCAUGAACAAGAAGAGAUGCUCAAAGACCUGCAAAUCAUGUAUAUUAUUUCCAUUGUCACUUUGCUCUUGACCAUCAUUGGUGUGUUUGGUGCCUGGAAAAAGAAGAAGUGGGCGCUAAUAUCGUUUACAGUUGGAAUGAUCCUGAGCAGUCUGUUCAUGUUUGUGUGUGAAAGUAAUGGACUGGCUAUGAAACCUGAGGUGGCUGAAGAAUUGAAGAGGCAAUACCUGAAUAUGGGACUGCUGAGUAAUACUAGUUGGAUUUUUAAAGGCCGCCUCAAGGAAGCACAGAUGGAACUGCAGUGUUGUGGGCUGGAUCAGGGCUACGUGGACUGGGGUUAUGACAUCCCAGAAUCCUGCAUGUGCACUGAAGAGUCCACUAAUCCAUGUGUGGCAGCGCCUAGAGACAGCAUACUCUUUGAGCACAGUAUCAAUGACGAGCCCAUCAUGAUUUAUAAAGAGCCAUGCCUUCAAUACCUUAUUGCGGAAGAGAUGAUUGCCGUAAAUAUUGCGUUGGGCCUGAUGCUGGGAGUCACAUUACUCUGGGUUUUGUCAGUGGUGUUGUGUAUCUUAAUCUUGUGUCGGCUGGAUAAGAAGGGAAAUACCCCUGCAGUGGUCUACAGUCCGGAGGCCAAAGCAGGCAACUACACCACUCUUACAGAGUCUGUAGAGUUCACCUGAUUUUCUUUUUUUUCUUUUUUCUUCUUCUUUGUGCUGGCCCUCUACACCAGUGGAAGUCAUCAUGUCAGCAUAUUUAGCUAUCUUGAGAAAAAAUAUUGGCAAAAAUGGGAUUUGUCAAGGUUACCGAGUGCAUUCAUGAUGCUUAAAUAUAUCAGAAGUUGCCUCCAACAUGUAAUGUUGCAUUUCUAUUUCUUUCUUCAAUGCGUUUGUUUAGUUUGUUGGCUCUUUAAACCUUGAACCCUUUACUCAUUUUUGUCAUCCCUGAAGAUACACGGUUUUUGCCUUGCAGUGGCAAAAUUGUGGGCUAUGCAAGGAAGUAGCACAUACUGUGAAAGAGUAUUCCCUUUGUGUUAAUCAAAAAAGAUGAUGAAAACUAAGAUACAUAAGCUACACAUUAAGUCGUAGCUCAGUUGUAGAAUAAAUGAAAGAGAGAGUUCAAGAAAGAACUGAAGUGUGUUAACCAAUGAAUAAAUUUAAACUCUGUAGUGGUAUUUUCAUUGCCUACUGGAAUCGUGAUUUCGCACAUUUGUUCCAAAGAUGUAAGCCCUGGCACACAGCAAAAUGAGGCGUAUUGUAAGACAUGAAAAUAGAGUAAAAAAAUUUUAAAAAAUGAGAUGGUUAAAGAAAAUGUUGAUUUUUAAGAAAAAAAGCACUGAUGAAGAUAUGGCUGCAGAAAUAUGGAUGUAUUAGAGCCUUAACAAGAAUGUUUGUAUUUUGUGGUUUUAUAGCUUUUUCUGUAUCAUAUUGUGCCACAUUUUUGUAAACGUUGUUUUUUUUUAAUUUUUCCAACUUUGCAGUGACAUUUUAAUUAAAGAAUUUACUGGAGUCCUAGGGCAGUUUUAUAGUCAAUUCAUAUUUAUAUUUUGACACUAUUACUUUAAUCUUUAAAAGGAUAUAAU